CUCAUCAUGCAUCGAUUCUUCAAAUCUGAAUUCUUCAACUUCGAAUUCAUCCGCAUCCUCUCGGCCGCCCCCUACGGUGGAGCCGAAAUCGCCGAAUGCCUGGUGGCCGCAAGCCAAAUCACCAACGAUGAUCCAGAGAGCUGGCAUCGAGCGUGGCUCACUCAGGCCGACAAAGCUAAAGCCCUCGGGGACGAAGCCCUGCACUCUGGUAACAAGGUCUCCGCGCGACGAGCCUACCUCCGGGCCUCAAACUACUACCGCGCCAGUGGCUACAUGUUCCACGACCGGCCAGGGGCACCGGACGCUCGUGUUCUACCCCUGGCGCAGCAAGUCCUAGACACUUAUGCGCUCACUUUACCGCUGCUCGACACAGGGGAAGCCAGGCAGCUCAACAUCCCCUUCGAAAGCCACCAACUCCCCGCAUACCUCUACCUCCCACGCGACCGAGCCAAGUCUGUGCCUCUGCUGCUCAGCCUCGGCGGCGCAGACUCCAUCCAAGAAGAGUUGUACUAUGUAUACGCCGCCAGCGGACCGCAACUGGGCUAUGCCGUGCUCACCUUCGAGGGUCCAGGCCAGGGCAUCUUGCUCCGUCGCGAUAAGACGCACAUGCGUCCGGAUUGGGAGGUCGUCGUCGGCCGCGUCCUCGACUUCAUGACGGCGUACAUGCGACAAGACCCCUCCGCGCAACUGGAUCUGUCGCGCGUGGCGGUUGUCGGGGCCUCGAUGGGGGGCUACUAUGCUCUACGAGCGGCCGCCGACCCGCGCAUUAGGGCCUGCGUCUCGAUCGACCCUUUCUACGACAUGUGGGACUUCGUACGCAACCACGUCUCGCCAGCAAUGCUGGACGCGUGGAAGGCCGGAUGGGUGCCCUCAAGUGUGGUCAACGGUGUCAUGUCGCUGGCGAUGGCAGCCUCUUUCCAGGCCAAGUGGGAGGUGGGCCUCGCCAUGUGGUUCUUCGGCGUUGACUCACCAACGGAGACGCUGCGACAUAUGAUGAAGUAUACGCUGGCCCACGCGGAUGGGACCAGUCGCUUGAGUCAGGUCCAGUGUCCGGUGUUGGUGUCCGGGGCAACGCAGUCGCUGUAUCUGGAGCCCGAGAGCGAUGUGCUCCGGGUCUUUGAUGCAUUGGCGCAUUUGGGCGACGAGCAGCGCGAGAUCUGGAUUGCGAGGGCGCCGGAGGAAGGCGGGUUACAGGCCAAGAUCGGUGCGAUUGGACUGGUGGUGCAGAGGACGUUUCGGUUCUUAGAUCAGCAUCUCAACGUUACGCGGUAG